CAAGUUUGAGACUACCAUGUAAGCUUGAGGUGCCACGACGCGUCUAAAUCAUAGCUGUGUUUCGUGGCAGGGUGCAAUCGGGACUCUUGGAGCAAAAAUAUAAAAAUCGCAUUUGUCUGGAGUGAGUUUUUGCUGGAUUGAAUUUCAAUGCACAUAUUUGGCCAUCCUGUAAAAUGUUAAUUAUGUCUAAAGACUCAAAUUUCUUUACAAUAUUCAUAAUUAGUGUGUUAUUCCAUUUCGGCGAGCUGGCAUGGGGUUACCCUGAACAAGGAAAAUGGUCUCUCCCCGUGAGUCAAGAAGAGCAAUAUAUUGCUGUCACAAAGAGCAUGUUCAAUGGAACUUCUGUGCUGGUGAAAGUCAAGUGUGAUGCUGAUAUGGAAACUUCAGCCUCGCCAGUCAAUGUUACCAUCUCUUGGGUGCUGCGAUGGACUCCAUGCUGGAAAGAAUACCUUUUCUAUUCAGAGGAAAACAAAAAAUUCUUUGAAGACCUUUUUGAAUCACCAGAACUGCCUCUUAACCAUGAAGUUAUACAAUAUCCUGCUGGUCUAAAAUCCUCACAAUUCAGUUUCAAGUGUGACAACAAUAUCAUACUGCCACCAGCUGACGAAAGUAAUGUCCGAAUCCUUGAGUACCACAGCAGUGAUGGAUCAACAGAAGCCACUCCAACUACAAACAAUACUCAGAAGCUUAAGCGCCUUACAGGAUCUGAUGCCCAUGAAGAAGGCUUGGCAUUACCAGCACCUGGCAGCAAAACAGCCCGUACGACCAGGCCAUUAGUGACGGUGCACAGUGAUGGUGUUUAUCUUUUCAUGAUGCGCAUUAAGUCUGACAAUGGCUCCUUCACGGCUACUGUGGACUUGCAGAUGGUCGGCAGCUAUGGCUAUCUUUCUGCCUCAGACUACCCUCUGCUGUGGUUCUACAGCGUCCUGUGUGUUGUGUACGUCAUCUACGGUGUAGUGUGGCUGGUGCUGUGCUUUCUGCGUUGGCGUGACCUCCUCCGACUACAGUACUGGAUUGCUGCUGUCAUUCUCCUUGGAUUGUUGGAGAAGGCCAUGUUUGUUGCUGAGUAUGAGUCGUUGAACGAGCAAGGCUACAGUGUCCCAGGUCUGCUAAUAGCUGCAGAAAUUGUAUCGUGUGCCAAGCGGACCAUUUCACGCAUCCUGGUCGUCAUUGUUGCGCUUGGCUUUGGUAUUGUCAAGCCCCGUCUAGGCAGCCUCUUGCACCGUGUGAUAGCCCUUGGCAUGCUCUACUUCUUGCUUGCCAGCAUCGAGAGCUGCACACGCAUCCUCAGGCCUAAGACUGAUCAAUCUAAGCAGAUGCUGGUGGCUGUUAUCCCACUUGCGUUGCUGGACUCGCUGAUCUGCUGGUGGGUAUUCAGUGCGCUGGUAUCCACGAUACGCACCCUGAGGCUGCGCCGCAACCCCACCAAACUCGCCCUCUACUCCUACUUCACCAACGCCCUCGCCUUGGGGGUCUUACUCUCCGUCAUCUUCAUGUUUUGGAGUGUCAGGUAUCACACCUACGACGACUGCCUUAAAGACUGGCAAACUUUGUGGCUCAACGACGCCUUUUGGCACCUGCUCUUCGCCCUGCUGCUGCUUGUCAUCAUGAUUCUCUGGCGACCUACGAACAACAACCAGAGGUUCGCAUUCUCGCCUCUACUCGACGACGGCAGCGACGGUGAAGAGAUCGAUCACCUCAUCGGUGGCGGUCUGGCGGAAGACACGAAGCAUCGCAGCCGCGCUGCAUCCACCACCUCGUCUUCCCCGCGCUCUUCUCGACAACACUCUGCUGAGGACGAUCUCAAAUGGGUGGAAGACAACAUACCAUCUUCCUUCGCUGACAUGAACUUGUCGGCGCUGGACUCUGAUGAGGAGAUCAUGACGACGCGCUUUGAAAUGUCCAAAAUGCAGUGAAGUCCACGUCGUUCGCCUUGUCCCGUAGGACGCCGUAGUUUGGAUACAUGCACACCCUAUCGGGAAGCUCUGCUUCACGCUUCCGAUUUCACUUGAGACUUCGUUAAGAUUUCUUCACUUCGUGUACAGUCGACAUGAAAAAAAAAUUUGCAGUUACUGUCACUUGCCUCACUUCCGCAACAUUCAGGUCUUCAACUCGUGUAUGCCUUCAUAUUGAAAUUGAAAUUUUGUGUAAAUAUGUUGUCUGUAUUGGCUUUUGGAUUAGCUGAUCUUUUCAUUUACUUAAAUUUCAUCCCUAGUGGUUGAGAAAAUAAUUUUAUACAUU